GUCAGUUGAAAGCGGAAACAGUUCUAACGUCAUAUGACAGUAGCCUUCAACCACUGCUCUUGUCUCUCUCUUUUUCCGGCAUCGUGUAUGCUAGCUGGACACAUUUUGUUUGAGCCUAAUUGAUCAUGGCUGAUACCGCCACCGCCGCCGCUAAGAAGCCGGCCAAGAAGGUCGCCCCAAAGAAGGCCGCAGCAAAGGCUGAGGCUGGAGCGAAGGCUGACGUUGCAAAGGCCGCCCUGAAGGGAGACCGCAAGUCCCGCCAAACCCCGGAAGCAAUCCGUGCCCGUAUCAAGCGGUCCAAGGAGCUUCGCACACCGAAACCCAACUUGCCGCGCCCGAAGAAGAGCUACGGACGGCUGUGGGCCCGGGCUGUGUUUACUGGCUACAAACGUGGCCUGCGCAAUCAGCACGAGGGACAUGCACUCCUGAAGGUUGAAGGCUGCCGCAACCGCAAAAACGUUCUGUUCUACAUUGGCAAACGUUGCGUGUAUGUGUACCGUGGCAAGACAAAGCUUCACCAUCCAGGUAGCAAGAAGAAAUCCACCAUCCGCGCCAUUUGGGGCAAGAUUACCCGUUCGCACGGUAACAGUGGCAGUGUCCGCGCUCGGUUCACCUCCAACCUGCCCUCUACUGCCAUGGGUCAUCGCAUCCGAGUGAUGCUUUUCCCGUCGCGUAUUUAAGCGCAGUAAAUCGUGUGUACAUUUAUAAUGGAAACCCCAACAAUAAAAGAGCGAGUGACGAAGUGAACCUCCAGGGAAAA